AUGUCCUGGAAAAAUGAAGGAGGAGGCACGGCCAUCUAUAUUAAAAAUUCCAUUGAACAUAACCCGCUCCCUACCACCCCAAAGGAAGACAUAAUCGAAGCCACGGGCAUCCGCCUUAUCAUCAAAAACAUUGGGGCUACAGACAUAUACAGUACUUAUUACCCCCCAAUGAAAAACAACCAACCCCCUCUUCACGUGGAGCAAAUGAACAAAUUAUUCGAAGGACAAACAUCAAAAAUCAUCAUAGGCGACCUGAACAGCAAACAUAAAGAAUGGAACUCGAGAGUAGAAAAUGCCAAGGGGAAACACCUACAGCAAUACGCAGAAGCUAAACAAAUCCUAGUAAUUGCACCAACAGAACCCACCCACUACCAUGAAUCAACAAAAACUUCGGAAAUCCUCGACAUUUCCAUGAUAAAGAACAUCACCAAACAAUUCCAUAUUACCACAAUGGAUGACAGCGGCCUAACCUCGGACUACAACCCAAUCAUCUAA